CGAAGAAGAAGAGAACGAAAAAGAAGAAGAUCAAGAUCAAGAUCAUCUCACAGCUAAAUAUAAAAACAUUUUUUAAUUGUCGAUUAAGAUUAUAACCUGAGUGCAUGAUCUUGACAUUGUAGAGUAAGCGUGUAAGAUGGAACAUUUUCUUCCAAGCUUGUGGAAGAUGCUAACAUUAAAAGUUAGUUGUUAAAUUGGCAAACAUGGAUGAAGAUGAUCUGGAGACUCUUGGUGAGAAGCUGUAUGAUCAGAUUUACCUCAGACACAAAGAGACUGCAGGAAAACUCACAGGUAUGUUACUGGAGUUGCCAUGUCACGUAUUGAGCAAGAUGUUACAGGAUGAGGUGAUGCUAGAAGGAGCAUUAGAGAAGGCGCUCAGAGCUCUGCAGCUGGCACAGGAGUCCAGCAAGGUGGUGAGUAAAGAUAAGGAUGACGUGUCUGUAUCCUCAGACUCACUGGGGGAGCAGCUGUUUGAGCUUGUGGAGGUCUACAACACCGGACACUCCCAAAAAAUCACAGGAAUGCUUCUGGAGCAGGACAAAGAGGCCAUCUUAAACCUUCUUUCAGAUCCCAAACUCCUGGAAGAGCAGAUGAACCAAGCCCUGAAGAUGCUACAAGGCAUCGGCUGCUUCCCUGCAGGCAGAACUUGGAGACACAUGAUAGCGACUCAGACACAGAUGAGACAGAGAGGCUGGGAGAAAAGAUCUUCUCACUGGUGGAGAAGCUGGAUCCACUGCAUGCUCAUGAUAUUACAGGUAUGUUACUGGAAAUGGACAGAGCUGGUCUCCAGCAGAUGCUGACUGACAACACGAUGUUAAAAGUUGCUGUUCAAAAAGCACAAGCAACGCUGGAAACAUAGGAAAUCUCUCAAAGACGUUAAGAUUGCGAUUAGCUUCAUUUUCACGCAAAGAAAUGAAGACAAAAUGGCUGAAAUCAUAGCUCACAGGUGUUACGACAUACAACCCAAUUCCAAUGAAGUUGGAACGUUGUGUAAAAUGUAAAUAAAAACAGAAUACAAUAAUUUGCAAAUCCUCUUCAACCUAUAUUCAAUUGAAUACACCACAAAGA